GUUACUCUCCCAGCCCCGGGGGUGGCGGAGCAGGUUUUAAUAGAACAUAACGAUAUUAAUAUUGAAAUUUGCAAAUGCAAUGGAAGACGGCAAGACUGAAGAGGUGCUAGAUAUUCUUCGACUUAAUGUGGGAGGUUGUGUGUACACAGCCAGACGCAAAUCUUUAUGCCGCUUUAAGGAUUCAAUGCUAGCAUCUAUGUUCAGUGGACGUUUUCCUCUAAAAAUAGAUGAGUCUGGGGCUUGCCUUAUUGAUCGAGAUGGAAACCUCUUUGAGUACCUUUUAGAUUAUCUUCAUGGAGAAGUUCGGAUUCCUAAAGAUGAACAAACGCGAAUUGCAUUGCAGGAAGAGGCAGAUUACUUUGGCAUCCCUUAUCCUUACAGUCUGUCUGACCACUUAGCCAAUGAAAUUGAGACAUAUUCUUUAAGGUCAAAUAUAGAACUUAAAAAGGCUUUGAUAGACUUCUGUGAUUCUUACGGUUUAGCCUGCACCAAGCCGACCGUUUGGGUUCUGCACUAUCUCAACACAUCUGGAGCAAGCUGUGAGAGUAGGAUUAUAGGUGUGUUUGCCACAAAAGCUGAUGGGACUGAUGUACUUGACAAGGAACUGGGAGGAAGAAUAAAUAAUAAAAAUAUGUACAAAAGAGAGGCUGGAAAUAAUGUCCAAUACAUCUGGAGUUAUUAUUCAGUGAGUGAACUGAAAAAGAUGAUGGAUGCUUUUGAUGUCUGGGAAGGGAAAGGAACUUCAGGUUUCAGCUAUUGGAGAAUGCCCCAGCUGAUAGAAUGUUGGACUCUUGAAGAACGCCCUUUGAGAGGAAGUCUCCAUCAUAUGUCUCCAGUUUGUAAAAGACGAUUAAUAGACUUUACUGAAGAGGAGGAAGAUGGUCAAAACUUUAAAGCUGGUCCUAAACCAAUUAGAUUUUCUGGUCCUUCAACAAGUACCCACAUCAAAGUCAAGAACUCUGCUUCAUUAAAGGUAGCUGCCUGUAACACUUCUUCACAUUCUGUGGUAACUCUUAAACGACCCAUCAGUGAUAGUUUGGUACAGCGCAAAGUAGUGCCAAAAACUGAACUUACAACGUGCCCAUCAUUGCCUACAAGUUCUCAGGCAUCUUAUGGAACUGAAGGUGCUGAAAAUGGGGCAGCAUAUCAAACUACAUUCAACAUCUCAAUGUCUAAGAAACCCAUGACCACUCGUGUGGUAAAACUGAAGCGGACUCCAUUGCGUAUUGUGUCACCAUCUCAGUCAUCUUCCUCACUGAGUAAAACAGAUGAACAGGAAGUUCCUGCUGUUGAAAUUCCUACUACUUCUACAUCACUAAGAGAGAAAGAAUCCAGUAUAUCAACAGUGAAUAGUAAGAUCAAGAAUAAUUUGGAGAAUGACAAACUGGGGGGGAGGGAUAGCUCAGUGGUUUGA